AUGUCUCUGAACUACAUCAGAAACUUUUAUGAAGGAUGUCUCAGGCCUCCAACGGUAUUCGGUCAGUUCCACACCCUCUUCUUUGGCUCGGUGCGAAUGUUCUUCCUUGGGGUCUUGGGAUUCGCAGUUUAUGGCAAUGAAGCUCUACACUUCAGUUGUGAUCGGGACCGGAGGGAGGUCAACGUGUUCUGUUACAACCAGUUUCGGCCAAUAACACCGCAGGUAUAUUGGGCAUUACAACUAGUGACAGUUUUGGUUCCAGGAGCUAUAUUCCAUCUCUAUGCUGCUUGUAAGAACAUUGACCAAGAAGACAUUCUCCUACAGUCCAGCUACAUGAUCUGUUACAUCAUCUCUGUCCUGCUGAGGAUCGCCCUUGAGGUUGCAGCCUUCUGGUUGCAAAGUCACCUUUUCGGAUUCCGAGUUCAUCCCCUUUACAUGUGUGACAUGAGCGCCCUGGAUAAAAUCUUUAGCUUCACUAAGUGCAUGGUGCCUGAGCAUUUUGAGAAGACAAUCUUCCUCGGCGCAAUGUACACCUUCACCGUCAUUACUGUAGUCUUGUGUGUAGCUGAGAUUUUUGAAAUUCUCUGCAGAAAGUUUGGUUACUUGAGCAGUCGCUAA